CUGUGUACACACCUUCGCUAUAAGGUGCUGUCUAUGACCAUAACACAAACAUGGAGAUGUUACCGGAAGGAGAUUGCUAACUGUAUAGGCAACUAGACGUUAUCGGCCUCGGUUAUGUGCCAGGUCCAGAUCAUAUAUAUAGUGACCAGAACACACACAUACAUGAUCCAUAAUUAGCUGACAAGGGGCAAUCAUCAUGGCUGACCAAGAGACGGCCAAUUUAGGAGUGAAUUCAACAGCCGUGAUCAAACAGGGAUAUGUUGAAAUGAAGAGCACAAAGAUGUUUGGGUCUAAGAAGAGGCGUUGGCUGGCAUUGUUUAAGGCCUCAAGUAAGGGCUCCACACGUCUUAUCAAGUACGCAAGUGAAUGGACGGCUCGUCAUGAUGAACCUUUGUCCGUGACUAGCCUCAGCGAGAUCAACAACAUUGUAAGGAUGGGAGACGGGGCCAUUGGUAUAGUACUACAGAUGAAUAACCACUCCUCCAAACAGUUCAAUUGUGAAACAGAUGAAGAAGCAAAAUCAUGGUUGCACCUAUUACAAAACCUGCAUGCAUCGGCCAGACGGAGAGAUUCAAUGCCGACAGGAAUAUUCCGCACAUACCUGAUGCCGAGUUCCUCGCUCAGCUUCCAGGGCGAGUGUGUGAUGGAAAUCUCAGCGACAGAUGUGACGCUGUUUGAAGACGAGAGGAAGGCCUCCAAAAUUGUGGUGUGGCCAAUCAACCACAUACGUCGCUAUGGUUACAACCGCAAGAACAAAAGACUCUUCAUCGAGGCUGGCAGCCGAUGUGACACGGGUGAAGGUAUCUAUCUACUGACGUCGACGGAGGGAGAACUGAUCCACGAACAUCUCCACAAACGAGCCGUUGCCUAUGGAGAGGAUACGUGAUAUACAGGUGGAACUUUACAAAAGUGCCAUAGAAUUUUGUUGAAUUUUGUCGAAAACAAACUGCUGGAGUGGCCGAUAUUACACAUCAAAUUAACAUUGGACCAAUGUGGUCGUGUGGUGCAGCGCUACAACUUAUAAUAUAUCUAUGUGUGUAGGCACCUAUUUCCACUAGGAUAUUCAUGCAAUAUUUCAUCAUAAACCUAUAUGGCAACUUCAUUUACUAAUUACUUAAAGUAUCUACUUAUGAUCAACAUCAGAUUGUCACAUCUGCAGAAAAUUCUUCAGUGGAUUUUAGAAUUUCCUUGAGAACCCAUGAUGUCUCAACCACCAUAUUGGUUCCUGACAAAAGUGAUUUUAUUGAGGAAAGGCAAGAUCACUGAAUACAUCCAUGGAUAUUUUGGCCUUUUUUGUUCAUCAGCAUCUGCCGGGCAAGCAGUUUGACCAGGCAGUUUGAACCGUAGUAUUAAUGUUUGUUUAGGAAAAAGCGAUGAACAUAAGUAAAUUCAUGUUUAACUUUGUGACGACCCUUUGCAAAAACCUUUUAAGUCCUUUUAACCCUUUCAUCCCUAUGUAACUUUAGUAGACUCUACCAUGCACUGAUCUGGAUGAGUCCAUCUACAGUGGUGAAAGGGUUAAGCUGCAUUUGCUUUCAUAGGUGUGUCAUUCUUUAUACAUCCAUGAAAUUCUCUUAAUAUAAAAAAGGAAAAACUCAUUGGUCCACAUGAAUUAAAGCUACACAUGCAAGCCACUGGUGUAGUGGGGUUUGCACGCUGGAGCUCCCAACUUUUAAAUCUUAUAUAAGUGAUAUGUUUUAUAUGUUUAUUGAUAUAUUGCCAGAGACGAAUACGAUAAAUUACACUAUACUGUGAUUUGAUCUGAGGUGACAAGAUCUCAAAAAUCAAAAUGUUCGCUUCGUUGUGAAAUUUCAACAAUGUGUCAGUGCUUAGACAACAUAUGUGCUAUUAUAUACGAUAAUAAUAUGUCAAUCUUAAGCUGCAAUCUGAGGGGCAGCAGUGGCCGAGUGACAUUCUGCUACCACUAGCCCUCCACCACUGGGUCGCGGGUUCAAGGCCUACGUGAGGCAGUCGCCAGAUACUGGCCGUAGGUCGGUGGUUUUUCUCUGGGAACUCCGGUUUUCCUUCACCAACAAAAUCUGACACGUCCUGAAAUGACCAUAGCUGUUAAUAGGACGUAAAACACAAACAAACAAACUGCAAUUUGAGAGAAGAGAAGUUAUAAUUUAAUGCUAAAACUUGAUGUAUCUAUAUAGUCGUGCUCAAGUUUUUUAAUUUCUUCAAUAUACCACACUGUUUUCAUGUAGGUAGACUAAUAGAAUCUUCCCCUACCUUGAAGGUGUGACAGAGAAAUAUCCUACCCUAAACAGGAAACAUUUUCAGUGUUAUUUUUCAUCGAACUCAAUAUUUCCUUUCUACAUGUAUUGAACAUAUACUGUAUAAUAUUAAUACGAGCAUAAUUAUCAUGUGUUGUUGUUUACUUGUUUAUGAGAUUUGAGAUGUGUUGUGAUUUAACAUAGAUUUACAUAGCUAUGCCCCUAUAUGGCACAACAUGUAUAACCUUGCAAUAUUAUGUGAAUACUCGGUGAACAUGUACAUCAUGUUCCUGUAAUAGAUCUCCACUGAUCUGAACCCACUUUCUGGGUCAGUAUUCACAGUAUACUCAUAAUAUUUCCUUUUUCAUUAUUUUCUACCAAGUACUAAAAUCCCAUUGGUAAAAUUUGUUAUAAUCUUGUCUGAUCAAUGAAAAGGAGACACCUGCCAAUAAUUACUUCUAAUUUCUGUGUCAUUACGAAAGUAUUUUAAACAAUUUCUUGUUCAGGUUUAUUUCCACAGUAUUUUAGUGUAUAAUUGAUUUUAAACAUUGAAGGCAAAUUCUUAUCAGAGAAUGAUACAGAAAUAUUUAUGCAAAUAUCAGAUGCAUGUAUGUACCGUAUUUGCUGUAAUUAACACGCUUUCCCCCCAUAAGAAGCCCCCACUUUUCAGAAGGAAUUGAAACUAUAUAGACCCCCUCCCAGACCUCAGUCCAGACUCGCCCAUCGAUCUUGAUGUUGCAAAACCUUUUUCUAUCAUAACUCACAUUUUAUUAUCCUAAUAACCCUCCCCCACCCCCAUCCAAUUUUUGAAGUGCCCUGGGCGCUAACUAUGGCGAAAACAGUAUUAUAUUGUAUUAUGAAAUUAAGAAGCCACCAUUCUUUGUUUCUUCCUUUGAUUAAAUACAUUACCAGUUUUUAUUUUUACCAUACUUGUUCAUGAGAUUAAGAAUUGUUGAUUGUUUUGGAUUAUCUUAAUUUGUGUAAUUAAUGAGCAUAUUAUGCCUCAAUGCCAGGUGAAAAUGGAACUUCCAUUUACAUAGUUAUAAUGUGUAAAGUGCGAUUUUCACCUGGGACUGAAGAUGAUUAAUGAUUAGCCAUGACACAACUUUUAUAUUCUGUUAUUUUUGUACUUUUGUACAAUUAGAAUAAUACAAUCAGCAAGCUAUGUUCAAGUAAAGAUCGGACAUGUCUGUAUGUCACCCGCAUUGCUAUAUCUGUACAUAAUUAGCUGUAUCUUGACCAUUUGUUUCAAUAAACUGACGAUAUACAUUA